UUACUGUAACGAGAAAUGAACGGUUCAAUGCGGCGAGUGUUGGGUGCAUUCCACUCGCACUCAACCCUCAUUCUUCGUCUUCGAUCUUACUCCACUCGCACUCCCACUCUCACGCGCACUCGCAAAUCCAAACCUCUUCCUCCGACAUUGCGCCCCUCCGAUAUUCCCUUUCAGCCCAAACUGGCCAACGCCGUGAACCUCAUCGGUGAGGUUCACGCGCCCAUUCAGUUCGAAACUUCUUCCGACGGCAACACCUGGGCCGCCACUGUUAUCACGCGCCAAGACCUCUCAAUUGCAGUUAUAUUUGAGGGUGAUUUGGCUCACACUGCUGCUUCCCAUCUCAAACAAAAUGAUUGCAUCCAUGUUUCUGGACAACUCAGCACUGAUCCACCACACUUGCAAAAUCCUCAACAUCAAACUCAUUUUCAGGUUAUGGUACAAACCCUCAAUUUUGUCCGAGGAUACCCUCCACCCCAAGAUCAAUCUUCGUUUACAAGAAAGUAUUUUCAUGCCAAGGAAACCGAGGAGCUUCUUCUUGACAAAUCUUGGAAGGAUCUCCUUCAAAACCCCACUCAAUGGUGGGAUGUCCGUUCCUCAAAGGAGAAUUCAAAGGGUGCAGCUUUUGAAAGUAAGCUGAAUGGUGAAUUGCUUUUUAUCAACAGCUCAACACCCAAAUGGCUGCAGGAGAAAUUAGAGUCCAUGGCAAUUGAUUUGAAACCUGAGCGACAACAAUCGAUGAUAACUGGUGCAAAGAAAGAUCCAGACGCGUCACCGAGUUCUUGGACAGACCUGCUAAACGAUUCAAAGCAAUGGUGUGAUUACCGUCAAAGCAAACUCAAUGGAUUGGUAAAUCCGAAGCACCCUGAUUUCAAGCACAAGGAUAGCAGUGCUGCCCUCUGGCUUAACCAGGUUCCCUCAUGGGUUUUGCCUAAACUGAAAGAAUUGGAAUUUGACGUUCCGGUUGUUAAAUCCAAAAAUGUAAAGGGCAGUAGAGAUGAUCAGUCCUGGAAUGAUUUGAUCCAAAAUCCAGCUAAAUGGUGGGAUAAUAGAUUAGAUAAGAGGAAUGCAAAAGCUCCUGAUUUCAAGCACAAAGAUACCGGUGAAGUGCUUUGGCUUAAUGGUUCACCGAGUUGGGUGUUACCAAAAUUGCCACCCCCGAAGCCUAAACAAAGUGUAGAAACUGGCAAGAGAAGGACACUGGUUUCCUGAGCAUCGGACAGAGAAGAAUAAAAUGAAAUCAUUUACCAAGUUGGACUUAUCACUUUGCUAAUUCUCUCUCCAUUGCACCUUCAUGUAUGAAUUUAUGCCUUCCUAAAGUUCUGUUUUCUGAUAUCUUUGUAAAACUUAGUAUCUCAAACGGUCGGAUACACAGUCGUUGACUUGUAGUCUCUACCAGGCAGAUAUUAGCUACUCCUGAUGUGCCAAUGCGAUUAUCGUCUGAGUUUUUGCUCAUCCACUUACGAGGGAAAGCAUUAUCGCUUAAAAAUUACGGAGGUUUUCAUGUUCCCAAAUUUAUGGCUUUGUUCGCAUGGCUCAUCAUCCUCCGAACUAGAGCCCCCCCAUCUUGUCGUUGGUGAUGAGUUUGGCCUUCUAUAAGAAACGUCUAGUCUUGUAUGCUAUUGAAAAAUAAAGAAAAUGGGGCACAGAGAAAUGAAU